AUGUUUCGCACGGUGGCUGGUCCAGGCGACACCAUCGCCGCAACCAGUUCGAGGUCAAGUGCUCAGGCGUUUCGCGACGUAAUUAAGCCUCCAGAUGAUACGCAACUACCUGUCACGUUCAGUGUUAUCGAGCCAGUAGACCAGCAUACACCGUCAACAGCUGCACCCCUUCCAAUACAACUUCAUGGGGCGUCUUAUGAAGGCGUAGCACCUCCCGAAGCAACCGAGCCAGUAUCCGACUCGUCAGACUCUGGAUACGAGUCCAUCAGUCUAGCUGCUUUAUCUGCCACCGUCGUCCACAAUGAGCUGCCUCAGGAGUACUUCGAUCCGAAUCAAUACGUCGAUCUCAGUAACUACUCACACUUGUCUGAAGCUACAGCGGGCACCGCGAAACAAAUUGCGCAGAGACACGCAGAUGACGACCUUUCGAUGUGGUCUUACGUCGACAUGUUCCCUGUGAUGAGCAACGAAAACGUGGAAGAAUCUAUGAAGAUGGAACUCAAAGGCCUCGCGGAUGUUCUUCGAGCCUACCCCAACCUCAAGUAUCUCCAACUAGUCGCCAGGAGUGAUGAACGCGAUUUGUAUCAGAACAUCUCGCCCCUCGAGAGCAUCACGCGCCAAUUCAUCUCACACCUCUCCAAGAGCGGUCUGAGCAUUGACUUCUUCACCGUUGCUUUGAGAAGCUUUGAACACAAGAAUGAUUUGGGCGCGGAGACUUGCCACCUCCGCGUCCGGAGCAAUCCCGAGUUGUAUGAGACGAUAAGUGAGAAGGCGCUCAAGCGCGACAUGGACACGUUCGGGGAUACCAUCUCGUGUUCUUUCGAACACUUUGCGCCAAGCAAGACAGGCUUCGUAUACGAUUACUUCGAGAGAUAA